CUGCACGACAUGAUCAGGUUUUUCAGUAAAUCAAUGCAGGACCAUAUAUAUUGUCUAAAGAUACAACUUUCUUCAUGACAAACAUCAAAGGUAGGUUAGCCCAAUAUUAUAGUUAUACGUCCUCUUUAACCUUGUUAGUUGGUGUUACUUUGUUCCAUAUGUCUCAACUCAUUGGGAUCACCACUGAUGGUUUCUGCUAGUAUGGUUUCCUUUCUCAAAGAAGUUUCUGGCACCACUUUUGUGCCAGUGGUUUCGUGUUAAGCUUAACAAGUUUCCCGGAUGUGGCGGUGGCCGAGCCGAAUUGAGUUCUUGCCAGCUACUCACUAGAAGGGAAUCAAGAUCGGCCCAUUCGGCGACCGAGCUGAGGAGCCUUUUCUCAGGGUUUUUUUCACUCCUAGCUGCUCCAUUCUAUUUAGUAUGCUAUGUUACCUUUGGCAGGUGGUGUAGGUCAGUCAAGGCAAUCUGGUUCACCAAACCUCAUUCAUUAGGUUUGAGUCUAGCUUUGUAAAGCGAAUGGAGGUUCUUCCCUUAAUCCACAAGAAAAGCUUUUGCUCGUGAAGCUCCGACACAUUCUACCAUGAAACAGCAAAAAGAUAAAAUAAAGGUAACACACCAUUCACUUGGCCCCUUGAGAGAUCUCGUGGAAUCUAUUGCCUGGUUUCCUUUUGUCCCUUUAGAAAUCAUGGCCAUGCAUGCAUACCUCCAUGGCAUGGCAGCAGAAUCUAUGGUUUGCCUGGCCUUCAAGUCAUUCGAUAUCGUCAGUGUUGUUUUAUAUUCAUAAAGGCAUCUGAUCUGCAUUGGUUUACACAGCACACACAAGCCUCUCUGCCAUGGCCAUAAGUAUGCACCAUGCACGGUGAGCAACCCGGGGACUUUUUUGGUUCAUGAGUUGCUUCUUUCAGCGACUCGAGUAGUGAACUGAAAUCCAGUGCCCUUUGCAUGGACAGUAGCUUCUUUCCUGUUGAUACAGGCGCUCUUCGCUCGGACUCCCAUUAUAUUCCCUAAGACUCACAUAGGGGAAAGAGACGGGUCAGAGAGAGAGAGAGAGAGAGAGAGAGAGAGAGAGAGAGAGAGAGAGGGAGAGGGAGAGGGAGAGAGAGGGGUGUCUUUUGAGUUAGUUUUGUUUCACACAUGAAGAGAAAGGAGCUGAUCAUGAACGUUAUUUUGAUCCUUGCGUGCUUCAUUGUGUGCGCGGCAGGCGCGCCGCAGGAGAAGGCCGAGUCGACCACUCCGAUCCCUACCCUGUCUCCUCCCGAGGGAAACACGAGCUUCAUUGACGGUGUCACCUGGUGCGUCGCGCGGCCGGGAGUCCCCCAGGAGGACCUCCAGAACGCGCUGGACUGGGCGUGCGGCCAGGGCGCCGCCGACUGCUCGCCGCUGCAGCCGGGCGGCCAUUGCUACCAGCCCAACACGCUGCUGUUGCACGCCUCCUACGCCUUCAACAUCUUCUACCAGCAGAACGGCAAUUCCGACAUCGCCUGCAACUUCGGCGGCGCUGGAACCAUCACCAAGAGGGACCCAAGUUUCGGGCCAUGCAAGUUCCUGGCAUCUGAGACUUCUGCUGCUUCAGCGCUCGUGUUGAGGAGCAUGAGGAUGAUCUGUGCUGCGUUGCUGACCAUGCUUCAGCUCAGAGUUUUCCAAGCUGUGUACUGAGCGCCGUGUGUCGGUGGCUGGGAUGGCUUAAUGGUGCUACCAAAGUAUGUAAUGCAAAAUCAACAAUGCUAUGGUGGUUUCUCCUUUUUUGCACUUAUGUAAGGAACUUUUUCUGUAAUUUUACAAGGACAUGCCUUCGGAGUAUAUAUCUAUAUUUUAUUAAAGGUGAUUGAAUGCAAACUGAAUACAGGAAGUGCCCACUGCCA